GUCUUCAUAGUUUCGUCCUCCUGCUUUCGCUUUUGUUGGGACUUUUUUCGUCGUCUCUCGAACGCGUCACUCUUUUUUUUUUGGUUUGUUGUUCGUUGACAGUAUUCGUGAUCUUCGGAGGUUAACGAGGGAAUAAUGUCCGAUUCUGGUAAUCUACAGCUUCCACCGUCAUCGACAGGGGCAGGAGUUGUGGAUGGGCUAACACCUGCAGCUACUGAUGUUGGUUGGUACAUUCUUGGUGAAAUCCAGGAGAACCUGGGUCCAUAUACCUUCUCUGAGCUAUGUGACCAUUUCAGGAACGGUUACCUAUCAGCAACUACCCUCGUUUGGGCUGACGGACGAAGUGAAUGGCAACCACUUUCUGCCAUCCCCGAGUUAAUGUCAAGGAUUUCUGGAGGUGAGGUUGGCUAUGCAGCUCUAGGUGCAUCUGGGUUGAUAAAUGGAUCUAAUGCUGGAACCAAGCAAAAGAAGCAAGACAAUUCUGCCUUUGCUAGUACCGAGGAUGAAUUUGAGAAAUGGCAGAGAGAGAUUAAAGAAGCAGAAGCGGAGGCUGAAAGGUUGAAAAAUGGUUCUGUCUCUGGUACUGAGCUUGUUGAAGAUGAUCAUGAAAGCGCUUCUUCACCACCAGAGGGCGAAGAAGAGUUCACAGAUGAUGAUGGAACGAUAUAUAAAUGGGACAAAGCUCGUAGAGUAUGGGUUCCUCAGGAUGAUCCACCACUUGGUAGCGUUGACCCAUACGGACUCGAAGAGAUGACGUUUGCUAAGGAAGACGAAGUAUUUCCAACAAUAAACAUUCUUGAUACUAAGAAGGAUGACUCUGAGGAUGACGUGGCGGCUGGUAAGACAGAAGAAGAUGGCUCUGAUGAAACAGCUGAAAUAAACAGUAACGGCAAGAGAAAGCUACCAGAGCCAGAAACUGAAAAGAAGGAACCAAACAAGCCUCCAGACUCGUGGUUUGAAUUAAAAGUGAACCCACAUAUUUAUGUUACUGGGUUGCCCGAUGAUGUCACCCUCGAGGAAGUAGCUGAAGUUUUUUCUAAAUGCGGCAUAAUUAAGGAGGAUGACACUGGUAAGCCUCGGAUAAAGCUUUACAGUGACAAGGGGACAGGAAAAUUAAAAGGCGAUGCUCUUAUCACCUAUAUGAAGGAGCCAUCAGUGGAUCUUGCAAUUAAAAUCUUAGAUGGGGCUCCGUUACGUCCUGCUGACAAGCUCCUCAUGUCAGUUUCUCGAGCCAAGUUUGAGCAGAAAGGGGAGAGAUUUAUAACUAAGCAAACCGACAACAAGAAGAAAAAGAAGCUUAAAAAGGUGGAGCAAAAGUUGCUUGGAUGGGGUGGUACAGAUGAUGCUAAGGUCUCAAUACCAGCGACGGUUGUUCUGCGCUUCAUGUUCAGUCCAGCUGAGUUGAGGGCUGAUGAGGGUCUGGUUGCUGAGUUGGAGGAUGACGUGAAAGAGGAAAGUUUGAAGCAUGGACCGUUUGACUCAGUGAAGGUAUGUGAGCAUCAUCCACAGGGUGUUGUUCUAAUAAGAUUCAAGGAUCGGGUAGAUGCACAGAAAUGUAUAGAAGCAAUGCAGGGUCGAUGGUAUGCAAAGAGACAGAUACAUGCGAGCCUCGAUGAUGGAUCAGUGAACCACGCUACAGUUAGGGAUUUUGAUUUGGAAGCCGAGCGGUUAGAUCAGUUUGCAGCUGAUCUCGAAGCUGAGUAAAAACAAAAACACAAUGAUCUGAAAAAGCCUGGAAGAUUUAGAUGACUAGUAAAUCAGUAGGCACAAACGCAUCCAAUCAGACAAAGGCAAGAAAACCAGAGAAUCGUUUUUUAAUCUACUAGUAGUAUUAUUUUACCUGUAGUAUUAGAAUCAAUGAAUAAGACUGCACUUGCUGUGUAUUUUGAUAUUCGUUGACUAAAAUCUUUACUACAAAUUUUAAAAACCAGGAUUUAAAAUCAUUACGUUUUAAGAAAAAUUUAUCAUUUGCCAAA